GUCAUUUCAUUCCGCAAAAUUUAAUUUCUUAAGUUUGUUAGCAUAUUUAAAAUAAACAAUAUGCCAGAUUUAAUUUUAACAAAUCUAUUUACUCUUUAAUUAUUAAUAAAUAUGCUUGAAACUGCGCAUGACCAGAGUUUGAAAAAAAGUUUUUGGACAUAUACCAAAAAAUGUUUAUUAAUUAUUGUUAAUUCCUAAGAUAUAACUCAAGAUGAAUGUGCUCUGAUAUAUUUUAUAUAAUUCUACCACUUAUAUAUUAAUGAAAUAUACAAAUCUAAGCAUACCUUUCAAAGCAGCUGCUAAAAGAUCUACGAAGCAACCCUGGUGUAGAGGUAUUUGACAGGUAAGCGGCUUUUAAAAAGUAACGCCUUGACAAAACCGAAGAAGAAGAUGAAAAAAUAAAUGCAUUCUUAGCGGGCUUUGGAAAAAUUAAAUUUUAAUAUUGUGUGAAUUUUCAAAAAUUUAUAGUUUUCGAGCUGUUUUGAAAAAUUGUAACUCCAACGUGCUAAAACCUAAAAUAUAAGAAAUUAGCACAUCGAACCAAAAACGCAUAAUGGAUAUCUCUAGACAAGCAUUUAGUGAAGCGAAUACUACCGGAGUAUCCAUGUAUUUGUCGUUUGAUUCAAGCAUUUCUAGUGCAGCUUAUAAAACUUUGGAAGCUACUGCAUGUGAUCUUUCGAUGUUGUCAAACAUGGACCAUGAGGAAGCAAGUGUUGAAAAUUCUCAGGAAAUUCAUCAAAAUAGCACGUUGGAGGCAUUAGAUUCGCAUUUGAACUACCUUGAAUCAGUCAAGGAUAUGGACGCGUGUCAGCUCUCUGCUAUACCUAAGCGUAUUUUGCAAGAAUACAAUGUUGUCAGUUCGACACCCUCAAAGGAACAGUUACUACGUAGUGUUGAAGUUGUUCGCGGUUCCGGUGCCGAAAGAUGUGUGGAUCUAAAGUUUGCUUUUAUGGACAUGGAUGACAAAAAAGUUAUUAACCCCACAGAUAAGGAAAAUUCUUUACCUCUAAAGGAGGUAACUGCAUUAUUAAAUAAAAACGACGAAGCCUCACUACGAACAAUAAUAGAAGAAACGCCAGUUAUUGACGAAAUAAACACAAGUAAACAUAAGGAAGAAUCAAAUAUUGAGGAAAAAACACCAAAGGCAACCAACAGUAAGGUAUCAAUAAUCGACGAAUUUCCAAGGGAUCCAGAAAAAUUAGAAAAAAAAGAUAUAAACAAAAGGAAAUCAAUGGCUAAGAAACCUAUAUGCGAGCCCGAUCUCAAAGCUAAUCGUCCAUCAAGGAUUUCCAUCAAUCCAAACAAUCGUUAUUCAUUAAACAAUUUUGGUACAAAAGCAAAUAUUGAGAAAGAGAUAAGGGAAAUACCAAAAUUAAUGAACAAGGUGUUGAAAUUCGCUGAAGCUAAAAUCACAGAAAACGAUAAAACUAAAACAGCUUCACUGUCGGAUGCACCUCGACGAUCUGUUUUACCCAACAUGCAGCAAAACAGGAAAAGUACCAUACCCACAGGACUAUCGCACAACAAUCGCAAAAGUAUGUUGCCAAUAGGUACGACAGUACAAACCACCACCAGUGAGCUAAACACAAAAUGUACAACGAAGCCACUCUCUGAAUCUACUAAGCAAGGACCGCCCAAUCGAAGAUCCAUUUACCCCGUAGUGUCGCGCGUCGAUAUAACCAAAAGUGCUAACGUUCCACCAUUAUCCGUGCCGAACACGAAAACGCGACCACCUGCGAACGGGAAACCCGAAAUCACUUUCGUUUGCAAAGUUUGUGGUUGUAAAUUUAGCCUAAAGUCACUUUUAGAUGCACAUAAACGUUCUCAUGAAGGUGAUGGUGUACCAGCUUUUGUUAAGAAAGCAACCACAAACGCGCCGAGCACCACUUCAUCAAUUACACAUUCAAAUAAUGGAAAUAAAUGUAGAUAUUGCGAUAAAAAGUUUGUACUACUUCGUGCUUUACACAUUCACCUUCUGCAAAAUUGUCCAAAAAUACCACCAAACGAUAAGCGCAAGUUGAAAUUUCAUGAAAUGGACCAUGUUGAAAAAGCUCAAUUGCCUGCAUUUUUCCAUGCAAACACUUCUGGUGCUAAAAUAAAUUCACACACACAAAAUACAUCUACGAAUGUAGCGCCACAGCGUUCUCACUCAGAUUUGAGUAGCAUUUCUGUAAGUUCUACAGAUUCCACAAAUGAUAAAAGAGCGCUUGGUGAAAUUACCAUAAUAGCGAACACUGCGGCUGCAGCAGUAGACGGUUUAUUGCCGGAGAUGGCGCCACCCCCAGCAAGAAUGGUAAAAAAAACCACUGCUCAUGCUGGGAUACAUCGUACACCAAAUAAAGCAAUUAUAUGUCACAUCUGUAAGAUGUCAUUUAAAUGUAUCAUGGAUCAUAUUCAGCAUAAUAUGACGGUGCACUUUAAAAAUACUGAAACUCCAAACAACAACGAAACCGUUCUCCGGAAGAUUACCACUAAUGCGAAUGUAUCCGGUACAAAACAAACGGAAUAAUGCGAAUUUUGUUUUCUUUUAUCAGACAUGCCUUAUGCAAUUUUUAUAUAUUUAUUUUUUAUGUUAAUUUUUCUGUAGUUAAUUUCAGUUCUUUUUUGUUUUUUUACAAACAAUUGCUAUGUGUUUGACGCCACAGCCAAGGAGUUUUUUCAAUUGGAACUUUAGCCUAUUCGCUUUUUUGAUUUUUUUUGUUUUCAUUGGUAAUUUAAUUAAACGUAAUCAUAUCAACGCAAUUAAGAUUGCUUCAUUUUAUGAUUUUCAUUAAUUUAUGUGCAUAACUUCAAAUGUAUGAACUAAAUUUUAGUAUAUAAUUUCAUUAUGAAAUUAUCCUUUGAUAUGUAUUGUAAGGCGUGAAGAUUUUUAAAUUUAUUUAAUCUGACUGUAACUCUCAAUACAUACAUAUCAAUAAAUCUACAUAAAUAUCAAUAAAUACUCAAAUCUAAUCAUUUCUCUAAUAUUAUAUAAUGAACAAUUUAUUGCAUGACAUAUGCCCCAAAGGUUUUUGUAUUCCAAUGCGAUAGUUGAUUAUGAACUUUUUAUUUGUCAAGAUAUCCGCGAAAUUUGACACAGAUUGUUGCUCUAGGCAACGCUACAAUCUCCGUUGAAAUUAUUUAGAUCGUAGAUAGGUAGGAGUGCUGCCACCAUGGGCUCAAUUAUUUGACCGAAAUUGACCGAUCAAAUAAAGCUCUUAUAAAGAAUCUUUUGUAUUUGUAAAGUGCAACCAAAGUUAA